CUCUUACAUUGAGUGAGCCACACCAAAGCCGUUAGAGAAUGUUAGGGCACGUCAUGCGCCACGACUCAUGCGUCAGGGUACAAUCUUGCACGGGUCCCUGCAUGACGUUAGAUAGUCGAUCGCAGCCCUAUACAGGGUGCUGGGCAAGGUAGAACUUGAUUUCAGGGACUUGGAGAGGAUCAGAUCGAAAGCACUGGGCAUUGUGCCUUGAAGUAUAAGAUGGAAGUUAUAGCACGCUUUGUGAAUUCACAUAUCAACACCAACUAUCAAUCACAAGCAAUCGAUCCUAAGAACUUUCAACCCUACAUCCAACUCAUCAAUACCUCAAUCAACCUAAUCCUACCAAAACCAACUUAAGCAAUCAUGCCUCUCGCCCGCCGCCACGCUCCCCGCACUGCCGUGCGCACCUCACCACGCACUACACGUGCAGCGCGCCCUUCCCUUAAGACCCGCCUUCUUGGUGGAAACCGUCGCACACACACUAAGCGCACAGGCGGCACCACCGUUACCACUACUACAACCACCAGGACGACUCGCACUGGUGGUCAUCACGGUCACGCUACUACUGCCGCUCCCGUCCAUCACCAUAAGCGCCAUGCCACUAUGGGUGACAAGGUCAGUGGAGCGUUGAUGAAGCUACGGGGUUCUUUGACGCGCAGACCCGGUCUCAAGGCUGCUGGCACUCGCCGCAUGCAUGGCACUGACGGCCGGAACGCCCGCCGUGUGUACUAAGCAUAUUGGACUGGAGUAAUGAAACCGUUUCCUUUGUUAUUGGCGCUACGAUAAGUGUACGAUAGGCCUGGAGAUACCCGAUGUUGUGAGCGUUUAGUAUUUAAUGAAUCACAUGAAGUUCAUAUUGUUCGUCCUGGAU